GUUUGGUGACCCGACGUGACUCCCAGCACUACUCCACCCAGUGUUAACCUGAGCAGAGGUCUCGGGUCAGAAGAAGUGAAAUCACUGGGGCAUUGUAGAAAGGGACUCGUCUUCUUUUUUACUCACUCUCUUCAGGAUAUCGAGUCAUUAAACUUCCACCCAAUAAGUCACAGUGGUUCUGGCAUCCUCAAGGCUCAUCAGGCAAGCAAGUCCUCCAUCAGCCCAGGGAUAUCGACACACUGAGGUUGUGGACUCACAUGGGCAAGAUGGAUAGGCGAUAAAUAAGACAUCAACUUCAGAGGUACACGUUGAUUUCGUAAUGACAAGCUGCUGUGCAGAAGAUGUCCACGCUGUCUGUGACUGAUAUCCCAGAUGUUGGUCAUGAUGAGAGUAAGGUGUUUGACGGGGCCUCUGAGCUGCAGCUGGACUGCAUGGUUGAGGAAAGCAGUGGAAGCACCACAGUGAAGCAUGACGGCCUGCUGACGCUAACUGACCUCUCCCAGCCAGAUGACUUCCACGCUCCCCCUCAUAAUGGCCCUUCACUGACUGAGAUGAGCAGCCCUCUGCCGGUAGAGCCAAGUGACAUUAAGCUGGAUCCGGCUGCAGGUGACACACCUGCCAGCAUAGAUGGUCAGCCAGUGAAGAGAAAGAAGGGGCCUGCUCCAAAGAUGUUGGGCAAUGAGGUGUGCAGUGUGUGUGGCGACAAGGCCUCUGGUUUCCAUUACAAUGUGUUGAGCUGUGAGGGCUGCAAGGGCUUCUUUCGACGCAGCGUCAUUAAAAGUGCCCAGUACUCCUGCAAGAACAAUGGCCGCUGCGAAAUGGACAUGUACAUGCGCCGCAAGUGCCAGCAGUGCCGCCUGCGCAAGUGUCGGGAGGCGGGCAUGCUGGAGCAGUGUGUGCUCUCCGAGGAACAAAUCAGACUAAAGAAGAUGAAGAAGCAGCAGGACGAGGAAACGGCCCGCACGUCCACAGUGGUCACCCCCACACCUCCCCAGGAAGUGGCCACACUGGACCCGCAGCAGCAGGAGAUGAUUGAGAAGCUGGUGGCCAUGCAGAAGCAAUGCAACAAGAGAUCUUUCCUUGACCGACCAAAAGUGACACCGUGGCCACAGAGUCAGGACUUGCAGAACCGAGAAGUGCGUCAGCAGCGGUUCGCCCACUUCACUGAGCUAGCGAUCAUGUCAGUCCAGGAGAUCGUGGAUUUUGCUAAGCAGCUUCCUGGUUUCCUGGAGCUCACAAGGGAGGACCAGAUUGCUCUACUGAAGACGUCAACCAUUGAGAUCAUGCUGCUUGAGACAUCUCGACGGUACAACCCUGCCAUUGAUAGCAUUACAUUUCUGAAGGAUUUCAGCUAUAAUAAGGAGGAUUUCGCCAAAGCAGGGCUUCAGUUUGAGUUCAUCAACCCCAUCUUUGAGUUUUCAAAAGGAAUGAAUGACCUGCAUCUGGACGAGGCCGAAUAUGCUCUGCUCAUUGCCAUCAACAUAUUCUCUGCAGAUCGGCCAAAUGUGCAGGAUCACGAUUUGGUGGAGAGGCUGCAGCAACCCUAUGUGGACGCACUGCGCUCAUACAUCAUGAUAAAGAGACCAAAUGAUCACUUGAUGUUCCCCCGUAUGCUGAUGAAGCUGGUUAGCCUUCGUACACUAAGUAGCGUCCACUCGGAGCAGGUCUUUGCCCUUCGCCUCCAGGACAAGAAGCUUCCCCCACUGCUCUCUGAAAUCUGGGACGUCAAUGAGUGACUGCAGGCCUGAUGUCACACUCCAUGGCUUUGUGAAGUCUGAGACAGACAUGGCAUCCAGGAAGGACUACUGACUCCUUUCUGCCUAACCGGUCAGGGAUUGGUUAAAGCAUUGAGAUAUCAUUUUCUUGUGGGAGGAGAGCAUCGUUGCCCCUUUGCUCUCAAACAGACUGCUAACGGUUUGUGUUCAUAAGGAGAAACAUGAACACCUAGUUUUCUUUGAGCCUUUUGUUGUUCUUCCUUUUGUGUAGAUGCUGACAUGAUUGUGGCGAUUAUUAAAUACCAGCAUCAGGCUCUUUAGCCAGUUAUCUCUGAUUUAAUAUUUGUUGAAAGUUAUGUCAAUCUCUAGUGCAGUUACUAUACUCACCCUCUAACAAUUAUCAGAAAGUUCUGAGCAGGUCUUAGCUGUGGCUGUCUCACAGCUGAAAAUUCAGUUGAAAUAGUGAUUUUUUUUUUUUGCAGUCGUGCAAUAGGUGGAAAUGGAUACAGAGUUGGGCAUGAGCAGAUCCAUAUAUGCUAUUCACUUUUUUUGAUGUUAAAGUGAAAUGAUAGGCCAUCUGGAUGGUAUUGUGCAUUGUGAUAUGGCAACAAAUAGUUUGUGUUCCUUUUGAAGUAAGUUCAGAAAUCAAAAGUUUGGUGUAGUUGCUCAGGUAAAGUAAUGUGAAGCAGCCCUCUGGGAAAUGGAGGCUUCUUUAAUUUCUAUUAGAUUACUUAAGUUUUCUGCCAAGUGCAUAAGGGACCCUUUUGGUCAUUUAUAGAUGCCCAUAAACUUUCAUGUAAAUUGUAUAUUUAUUUUUCACAGGAAAAAUGUAUAGACUUCACACAUAAGAAGUAUCCACAGGAUUGUACAAUCACAUACUAACGCACAAGAAAGUAAAACUCUGCAGGUGACCGGCGGAGUGUGCCCUCAUUUACAGGAAAUGGUGAUGUGACUAAUUUUUUUUUUUUUUUUUUUUUUUUUACACAGAGCACUGGUACCUUGAAAUAGGUGGUCCUAAAGUGUCUUCAGAUUCUAUUUAAAGAUGAACUGUUAAAAAGGAAGUCAGUCUAACAUCUCUGUGACCCUCCUUUCGGAAGAAUAAAAACCCAUACUCACAAAGCUGUGUUCAUAAAUCAGAAUAGAAAGAAUCAUCUUUAUUAACACCUUAUUCGUCAUUAUGUGUAUGUGAGAUGUACUUUUAUUCAUUUCAUUACAAAACAGUACAAUUAUUUUCAUAUUUUGAUUUGUGUGUUUUUUAUCACUAGCAUUUAAUGGUGUGAGAAAUGUAUAAGCAACAUACAUAUAGUUUGAACAGGAUACAGAGAAUUCCACAGCCUUUUAUUUUUGAUAAUAAUACUGUAUAAAUGAUACUGAGGACAAAAUGUAUAACUGAAUAUACAGUGGGAAACUAACUUGAUCUAAAGAUCGCUCAUUGUCUCAGUAUCUUCCUUGACUGUGUACUCGCAACUCAAACAGCUUUAACUGGUUAGAUUUUGGAAAACCUUGCUAGAAAAUGUACCAAAAUCUAUAUUAACAGGGAGCAGAGAACAACAGGAAAUGAGUAGAAACAUUAAAAUGUUAAGUUAUAAUAAAUGUUAUAACUACAGAGAUCUAGAUGUUUAUAUUCAUGCUGUGUUUUUCAUGCAUUCUCCUGUGCAGUGUAAACUUGAAAUGCUGCAUAAUGGUUGAUAAAGGAAUGUCAAUGUAAAUCCACAAUUGUGAAGUUCAUUCUCGCUUCGUACUCGCGUUGCGUGACGAGGGCUGGAAAACUGGACAAAACGAUGCCAUUGCAGCCCGUUUUUACAUAACCCAGUCAUAAACAGUCAUUGGCUGCCUGCGUAGCCAUUUCCUCGUGUCACCGUUAGAUUUGCCUGACCAUAGAUUCAAAAUGUUGCUUGCUCUGUCCUAACACAAAGGUUCUCAACCGUUUCAACAUUUACGAGGUACCAGUUAAAAUCAGACACCAUUGUUAAGCUUUUUACCAUUUUCAGCUACAGUUUCUUAGGGCCUUUGAUUUAAUAAAGGUGCAUUUAACAGCUAACGUGUUACAGCUAAAAUGGGACAUUGAUUCUUCAAAUAAGCACAGAAAUACAAAUACACAGGAUUCUCAGUGACACUGGCGCAAGUGGUGUCCUUACAGGUGAAACAGGCAGGCCGAAUUUUGAUUUGAUCUGAAGCACUUGGUGAUGGAUCUAAUGUGUUUUAAGAAUUGAACUGCAUAUGAAUUUUAGACUUUGA